CAAAGCUACACAGAGAAACCAACAACAACAACAAUAAAAGCCAGGGGUUGGGCAUACAGCAUGAGUGCCCUGAGAUGGCAUGGUCAGACUGCCACGUUGGUGCCAGGUAAAGAGGGAAGGCAGUCUGGGAUCAAGUCAGAGUUUAUUAACAGGUAAAAUCAAUACAAUGCACUUACAAUACAGAACGAAGCUGCCACGACUCUGCUGAUCCAGCUGCUGCUGCCUCUUUGUUCCCGAGGGAGAAGGUGACCAAACUGCCAGCCACGCUUCUCAGUUGCUUGCUGACACCAUCCAAGAGAGAGCAAGCCCCCAACCCCCCUUCUCUUCCGGUCACGUCUCUCCAGAGAAGACCGUGCCCAGUGGGCCAAGCUACUCCUUACAAUUGGCUAGCAAGCUGCUGUCAAUAAUUCCGGGUUAUAUCCUGUGUUGUGACCUCAUGGUUUAAGUGGGAAUAAAGAUGAGUAUAAGCAGUGAUGAGGUCAACUUCUUGGUAUAUAGGUACUUGCAAGAGUCAGGAUUUUCUCAUUCCGCGUUUACCUUUGGUAUAGAGAGCCAUAUAAGUCAGUCCAAUAUAAAUGGUGCCCUUGUCCCACCUGCUGCAUUGAUCUCUAUCAUCCAGAAAGGCCUACAGUAUGUAGAGGCAGAAGUUAGCAUAAAUGAGGAUGGCACCUUAUUUGAUGGCCGACCCAUUGAGUCUCUGUCCCUGAUAGAUGCUGUUAUGCCCGAUGUAGUCCAGACAAGACAGCAAGCCUACAGAGACAAGCUUGCACAGCAGCAUGCAGCCGCUGCUGCCGCUGCCGCUGCAGCCACUAACCAGCAAGGAUCUGCAAAAAAUGGAGAGAAUACAGCAAAUGGGGAGGAGAAUGGAGCACAUACCAUCACAAAUAAUCACACCGACAUGAUGGAAGUAGAUGGGGAUGUUGAAAUCCCUCCCAAUAAAGCAGUUGUGCUUCGGGGCCAUGAAUCUGAAGUUUUCAUCUGUGCCUGGAACCCUGUUAGUGAUCUCCUGGCAUCAGGGUCUGGAGACUCCACAGCGAGAAUAUGGAAUCUGAGUGAGAACAGCACAAGUGGUCCCACGCAGCUGGUGCUCAGACACUGCAUACGGGAAGGAGGACAGGAUGUUCCCAGCAACAAGGAUGUCACCUCUCUAGAUUGGAAUAGUGAAGGUACACUUCUAGCAACUGGGUCAUAUGAUGGAUUUGCCAGAAUAUGGACUAAAGACGGUAAUCUUGCCAGCACCUUGGGGCAGCAUAAAGGCCCUAUAUUUGCAUUAAAAUGGAAUAAGAAAGGAAAUUUCAUCCUAAGUGCUGGCGUAGAUAAGACUACCAUUAUUUGGGAUGCACACACUGGUGAAGCUAAGCAGCAGUUUCCUUUCCAUUCAGCCCCAGCACUGGAUGUUGACUGGCAGAGCAACAACACCUUUGCAUCUUGUAGUACAGAUAUGUGCAUUCAUGUCUGCAAAUUAGGACAAGACAGACCUAUCAAAACAUUCCAGGGACACACGAAUGAAGUAAAUGCUAUCAAAUGGGACCCAACUGGCAAUCUCCUGGCCUCGUGUUCUGAUGACAUGACCUUGAAGAUUUGGAGUAUGAAGCAAGAUAACUGUGUCCAUGAUUUGCAAGCACAUAAUAAAGAAAUUUAUACUAUUAAAUGGAGUCCAACAGGACCAGGGACAAAUAAUCCAAAUGCCAACCUUAUGCUAGCAAGUGCAUCCUUUGAUUCUACAGUUAGGUUAUGGGAUGUAGACCGAGGGAUUUGCAUCCAUACUUUGACAAAACACCAAGAGCCCGUGUACAGUGUGGCUUUCAGUCCUGAUGGCAGAUAUCUGGCAAGCGGUUCUUUUGACAAGUGUGUGCACAUCUGGAACACACAGACCGGUGCUCUGGUUCACAGUUACAGGGGAACAGGUGGGAUUUUUGAAGUUUGCUGGAAUGCAGCAGGAGACAAGGUUGGAGCCAGUGCGUCCGAUGGUUCGGUUUGUGUCUUAGACCUUCGGAAAUAGCGUUACUAGUUGGAAGCCAUGGACCGACUAUGAAUGUGUACAUAGCCACAAGACUGUCCCUGCCCCCACGUACUGCUAUAGUCCCACUUGAACCAUGGCCAGUCCACUACAGCCAAAUCUAAGAGAAAUAUAUACAUGCAGUGUAUAUGAACACAGCUGUACCCUGAAGAUGACAGUCAUCCCAGCUUGUGAAUUCUGCUCACCAAGUGCUGGGAUCUAACCUGCUGUGCCCCUAAGUAGCAUUUAGAAGUUUGGAUAUGAAAAGCAGAAGAGAUGGAAUAUGCAUUAUAAGAGCAAACCACACAUGUACCUGUUUUGGAUAUUAAAUGACAGCCUUGUUUCUCCCCUUUAAAUCAGCAGACACCAUGGAUUAUAUUCUUUUUCCCCUUCAGUAGUGCGCAGUUUGUAUGUACAGAGAACAUGGACUUAAUGAAAACUCAAGGCAGUAGUUUGUUCUUGCUUUCAAGUUUGUUUUGGUUUAGAUUAUGGAUGCAUGAAGUAAGGGAGUGAAUCAUUUUCUUGCUUUUAUUUUUCCUCACUUUUUAAAGAAACAAAAAAAUAUUUUACUGCAUUCUUUGGAAAAGGUAGAUGUUUGGUACAUUUUAUGGCUCCCAGAGCAUAUAUUCAGUUGGUGCAUAUUGUGGAGGAGUUGGAAUUAAAGGAAACCACAUGACUCUCGUCAUGUUAUUCUUUAAGACACAUCAGCAAAGGGUAUUAUGUUAUCUUUGUUUUGGGUUUUUUGUUUUUGUUCUUUGUGUGUGUGUGUGAGAUGUGGCUUAGAUAAAAUAGUUUCUUCUUGGGGACGCAUUUCUGCCAACUAAAGACUAGAAGGGCACAAUUUUUUUUUUUUUUUUUUAAAAUACCAUAAAGAAGAGACAUUUUUAAAAAAAUUCUUCUGGUGUUUUGUAGCCAUAACAAAAUUAUGGUCAAAAUGUGCACUAUUGUGAGAAGGAGCAACAUAGUUUGGGGCUUUUAUUUUUAUUUUUUAUUUUACCAUUUGUCUGUUUUACUUGUUUCUUAAGAGAUUAAAAUGUUUCUGGAUAAGGAUUAGCUUCUCAAAGUGUCCAUCAUUCUGUAUAGAAGCUUAAAUACGUAAUGUAACCAGAUUCCAGUAUUAAAAAUCUCACGUUAUUUUUCUUUUUACAAAGCAAGAUUAUGGCAUAUAACACUGCCAUCACAUGGCAAAAUGUUUGCUACCUUAGUUUUAAAAACAACUUUUAAAGGCUUGCUUUGAGGUGUUUUUGAGUAGCAGUGACUGAGAAUUUAGGGAGAGGUGUGGCCGCUGUGCCACUGCCUGCGUCUGGCGCCGAGGCUGCACUUUGUCAAGCAACAUAGAUCUAAGCUGCUGUUUUCCAGUAAUCACUACUAUAUCAUGUCUUUUACUCUGUUUAUAUCAAGUAUUUUUUUAAAGAUAGAAGUAUCCAAUCAAAUCUCUUCUUGUGCUCAGCUAAAAGUAAAAUAUACCUACAAAUAUUCACCAGAGGCCAUGUUUGUGAAGGUAGUUAAGAAGACAGUCAAGAUUAACAGAAGAAUCCAGGCAUGUCAGUUCUGAAGAGAACAGUUGUCAAUUUUAUAUCUUUAAAUUUUUUAUUAAGAAAUUGCUUAGCAAAUUUAUAACACUAUUUGUGCAACUAGUUAUUUUGAGGCCUUUGACUCCUGAGUCCCACCCUGUGUUCUGUCUAAGCGGCUCUAACCCAGCCCCGCAGCUUUGAAGCUCAGUAUCUGCUGCUUUGCUCUUUACAAAACAGCAUUGAUUGACGAAAGUCUUGGCUUCACUGAGGUAGGGUGGCAUUGGUUUUGGUGAAGAGGAUGAAUACACUUAAAUUUCACUAUACAUUGUUAUAUCUCCCCCAUUGUUGUUAGUGGGGACUAUGAUACUGUAAUAAUAUUUUUAAAAUUUGCAUCUAGAGAGGCAGUCAUUUAUGGUUUGUGCCAGGUAUUUUUAGGGUUGGGUCACACUGAGAUGUUUAGAGCUCAUUGCUCUGGGGCUCUGUAGGAAGUCUACAAUGCCGAGUGUCUGGCACUUGAGAUUCUGCUUUUACUUUGAGAGGGUCACAUCUGUUGGCCUCUGUUGUUUAAAAAAAUAAAUAAAUAAGUAAAAAAAUCUGUGCAAUAAUUUUAAAUGUGCUCCCAGGAAUAAACACGAGCAUUUUGAGUAUGCCUCAGCUGCAUCUCCUUCAGCGAUGCAUUUGUCAGUUGCACUGAAUCUAAACCUGAAGGUCAGAGGUGAUUAUCGAUAGUGCUUUUGUAUUUUGAUAUGGACAUUUUGUUCAUUUGCAUACAGUCAUUGACAUUCUUCCCAGCUGAUUCAAAGACAGUCACAAAUUUUUGCAAUUCAGCCGCCAAAAUGACAGCUGAAUUUUACGAUAUUGUCUUGCUUCCUGUUGGGUGUGUUUGUUGGUUUGGUUUCUUUUCCUAAUUCUUUGGCUGUUUUACUUCAGCACCUAGCUGUGAUAGGAUGUGUAACAGAGCAUGAGUGCAGAACUUUGCUGUCCUGAAGCCGUGGGUCCUCCCGUGCAGACAUGUCUGAAGGUGUCCAUCUUUAGGCUGGUUCUUUGUGAGCAUAGGACUGGGUGCUUUGCUGCUCUUCUUUCUGACACCGCACCAUGUCUCCCCCCAGCAGUCGGAUGAUCUCGGGAGACCACGUUUCACAGCAUGUGAAGUUCUGUCUUGGGGUUUUUACUUUCCCUCUUGUCUUUUUCUGAGAGCAUACUCUGAAGAUCCACUGAGUCCAGGAGUCUUUCUUUGGUGUUCAUUUAGAUCAUUGUUUUAUACUUUACUGUAAGGAACUUAAUCAUAAGGAAAGAGAAUAAGGAGACUUAAAUGAAAACUCUUUGAUUAAAGUAGACUAGAGGGAGCAGUUGCCACCCUUCAAAGGCAUGAAGGAAUCUGCUCUCCAUGUGGAGACCCCUGGAAACGUAGAUUUGCCCUGUUCCUGUUUCCCAUGAUCAGGUAAUAUCAUUGACUUUCAAAUGACUUAGAAGUGGUAACUGGAAUAGGUCUUAGAGUAUAGCAAAUUCUGUUUUCAUGAGUAAUUCCCUAGGUGAGUAUGUUUUAGGAUUAAACACCUUUUACAGAUACUGAAAGUGCCUCCUUUUGUGGUAUAAAAAAAAAAAACAAAUUAUGGUGCAAAAAGUAAUCAAUAGAUUGAAUCACAUGAAGGUUUUUUGCUUUUUGACAUUAAAAUGUCAAGAGACAGGCCAAAGAUUUGUACUUUUCACUUAUAAAGCACUCCUUUUUUUCCUUAAGAUUCUUUCUGUCAAAUCAGAUUUAAUGAGAGAGUACUAUUUUUAAGGAGCUGUUUAUGUAGAAUGAUUUUGUUAAAAAAGAGUAAUGUAAAAUAUGAAUGAGGAGCAGAGACCAAACCCACAGAGGACUGGGCAUUUUGUUGUUUAAAGGAAUCACAGGUGACCAGGCUUCUGCAAGCAGACCUGACAAGUGUUACCAGAUGCGUAGGAAAACCGUCUCAGACAGUGAUGUCUUGUUCUUUUAAACACCAUUUAUGUUUUUGUGAGCACGUGGCACAUUUCCACAGAGCCGGAUUCCCACGAGCUAAGAGCAGUACUUGCAGAGUUGCUGCAGAAACCCUGCCUCCGUGCACCAGCACUGUGGCACACCAGCAGAAGCCAGCGUGGGGGCUGGCGGCCAGCCUGCAGAGACCCUGGGGGUGAUUUUUCAUUUGGUUUUUGGUUCCCUCCUUUUCUCUGAAAUCAGCAAGGAGGGAAGGUGUAAACUACUUCCAGUAAUAGUUUUGAAGUGUCUGUCACGUUUAUUAUCAGUUUUUUGUUUGUUUGUUUGUUUUGAUUUGGUUUGUUUUUGCUUUUUCAAGACAGGGUUUCUCUGUGUAGUUUGGUGCCUGUCCUGGAUCUUGCUCUGUAGACCAGGCUGGCCUUGAAUUCACAGAUAUCAGCCCGGCUCUGCCUCCUGAGUGCUGGGACUAAAGGUAUGCACCACCACCGCCUGGUUUAAUAUCAGUUUUUUAAUAUGUGAUUCUAAUUGAAUGUAGAAGAGAGGAAAAAAAGGAAGUGCUCACAUUUUUAAUCCACUCAUUUAGAAUCUGGUGUCGUCUUUAGCAGUUCUGAGGUGUCCAUAGCAUUCUUUGUUUCUGCUCUUCUGUGACAGUGUUGAAGCAGGGUGAAUAACUAGGCUUUUUUUUUUUUCCUUUUUCUUUUUUAAACCUAGCAAGCUGUUUCAUGUUUUCUUUGGAAUUUCUGGAUAAGUUGGAGGAAACAUUCUGCAUGUUGUGUCCUGUGUACUUCUUCAUCUCAUACAAACAGGCAGACUUCAUUGUGUAUCUCUGCCGUCGUUAAACACAGAAGUGAUUUUCUCUCCUGAUUUUGACAUUGUCACUGUAUAUAAUGUUUUCAUUUGGGUUUGGCAAAUCCUUUGGGUCCGAUUCUGUGAGCAUAUCCUAGCACUGGGUGAUGAUGUCUGCAUCCUUUCUUUAGUUCCCCAGUUAACAUUAAAACUGUUGUAAAAGUGUAAACCAGCCCACGACAGUUUUUGUUUUGUUUUGUACAUGUUAAGGAACUUUAUUGUUAGUUUUCAUGAUGACUGUGUAAGGAAGACUGAUACGGAUGUCUCUCUCUCCUGGACCAUGUCAAUGACACUUACCAUGUAUUUUGGUUCCACAUCGUGAUGAUUUGUCCCCAAUGACCCUUUGACCCUACCAGGCACAUUUUUUUUUUGUGUGUGUGUGUGUGUGUGUGUGUGUUGUUGUUGCAGUUUUCCCCUUUGCAUUGUAUUGCUUUGACAACUGUAAUUUGAAUCAGAUCUGAAAGAGGUCCAGAAUAAAAUAUAUUUUGAUAUUA